GUGAGACAACAAGAGCGCCUAGCGAAAGAUUCCCCGGUGAUUUAUUACAAAGCCCAAAGCACUGGGGAUAAUGUGAAACAAAUUAUCAGAAAGUGACUUUAUGAUAGUCCUUAUGACUGAGUACCAGCGGAAAAUUGGAAAAAAAGUUCUGUGCAGGAAACGUUUUGAUAGACAGCACACAUGGCACUAACAGAUAUAUAUUUCAUCUGACCACACUGCUGACCAUGGAUGAAUUUGGUGCUGGAUGCCCAAUUGCUUAUUGCCUCAGUACACAUACUGACACAAGGUCCAAGCAAGUUUUCUUUGAGCAGAUUAAAAAAUAUGCUGGAAGCAUCAAAACAAAGGUAUUCAUGCCUGAUGACUGUGACAACUACUACAGUGCCUGGAGUGUAGUUAUGGGCCAUAGUGAACAUAGGUUAUUAUGUACCUGGCAUGGUGAUCGGGCAUGGAGACGGAAUCUAUGUGCAAAAGUAAAUGGGAAUGCAAUGCUGAAGAGUACUGUGUACAAAGCUCUGAAAACUUUGCACUUACAGAUAGAGAGAAGUUACCAGAGCCGCUGGAUGGCGUGUUAUUUCCAGAAAACUGAAAAAGAUAAAUGCUGGGGGUUAUGGAAUACGGACAGAAAUAAGAAAGAGAAGCAAUAUUCAAUGAAAUGCUUUCUCAGACACAAAAAUCACAAAUAUUGCAUUCUGAAUCUCCACUAAAUGAUUCAGAAUGCAUUCUGACCACCACAUCAGUGGAAUCUUGCUGCUUCACUAUAUCUGAAUCCCGGGAGUCCGUAGUUUGGGGCUCUUUCCUCCAUUCAGGCUCCUUUGAGGUUUUCUUUGCACUGAUCGUUUCUGGUAGAGAUGAUGCGAUUCGACGUCUUCUUGUUUUGUGUUAUAGGCGAUAUG